AUGCUCAAUGUUUUGACAAUAUCGGGUGAAUGCCUUAAGCGUCGGGCUGAUCCGAUGAUGGACGUCGUCUUUAUCUUGCUUGGUCAACAGAAAGAUCAAUCCAAGUUAGCAGCAGUCAUAUACAAGCUCGGCAGCCUCACCGUCUAUCGUGGCCGGGCAGAAAUCCCGAACGCAAAACCUGAGGCGACCAUUAAUUACGAAAUAUCUCGACUUCAAGUCCACCUCCGCCUCCGUUGCGCUUAUGUGCGAUAA